AUGCAACCCCGACGAGGCCGCUCCACUCGACCUUUUCUGGACCUGGACGUCGGCCGCAUCGUUCAGAACCACACGAUUAUCCACACUCGUGAUACCUUUUUGGGACCGGGCGGUUUUAGUCAUCAUGGAGGCUCCACGGUUCACUUCGUCAAACGACCGCGGAUGGAAGUGGAGGGAGACUCCUUCGCCACUUUCCAGCCAAUGCCUUCGACCGAGUCAACGACGACUUUGGAACAAGAUGACCUGGGCGACGAAGAAGUAGAAGGGUCUACUGGGCAAAAACGCAAACAAUAUGUCAGCUCGAGCAAUCCCAUGUCGCAAUGGCGGCCUAUGAAGGGCCUUUUCCUCGACGAGAUCCUCCGUCAUGAAGGCCUUGGAAACGAUCUGGGAAACCCUGUCUGUGCUCAUUGUCAGACUGCUUUCCACCCAGGGUCGCCCUCUGGCCCCCGCUUCUUUCGCUGCGAGGAUUGUGGUCCUCACCUGCAAUGUCUCGAUUGCUGUCUCGCUGUACAUGAAAGGUUUCCGCUUCACAGUUUCCAGGAAUGGAACGGAAACUUCUGGACCGCAUGCUCAUUGAAUCAACUAGGAUACAUCUACCAGGUUGGGCAUGGCGGAUUCUCUUGUCCACUUCCAGAUGGCGUCGUCCACUCGCUGACAAUUGUCGACCUUCCCUAUAUCCACACACUCCGCAUUCGCUACGGCAACUGUUCUCGCUCUCGACAUGCCACCAAAGUCUCUCAACUGCUUCGCAACCUCUGGUAUCCGGCAACAGUCAUCGAACCGGCAACCUGUAUAACUUUUCGGUCUUUGAAGGCCUUCCGUCUAUUCAACGUCGUUGGCAAUCUGAAUGUUACCGAUUUUAUCACCUCCUUGGAGCGCAUGACCAACAGCUUGGCCGUGUCUGGUCUUGUGUCUAUCCCGGAACGGAGUCGACAAUUCCAGCGCAUUUCCCGGCAAUGGUCCUUCUUACAACGUUGCAAGAGGUCCGGUCGUGGGCAUGAUCCUGCCGACCUCGACGCCACUCCCCUCGGCACAUGUGCAGUGAAUUGCUGGGCGUGUCCACAUGAUGGCCGAAACCUCCCCGUCAAUUGGAAGUCUGCUGAUCCUCGAUUACAGUUUCUCUAUAUGCUUAUUUUGGCGAUGGACGCAAAUUUUCGUCUCAAAAAUCGUAUUCGUGCAAACGAAAUCAAUGAUCCUCCCCUAGGCCCAGGGUGGGCUUACUGGGUAGAACCGUCUGCCUACCAAGCCCACGUCCAAAAAUAUGUGAGCGAAACGGACAUGUCUACUUGUACAGCUUUUGCGGCUCUGCUCCAAAAAGACACUCGCAUGACAACAGGACUCCGUGUUUCUGGAGUUGGCGGUUGUGUCUGUGCUCGUCAUGAGUGCGUGCGACCUAACGGUCUCGGGGAUUUGCAGAAAGGGGAAAGGUACUGCAAUAUGGACUGGAUCCUGUUUUCGGCAAUUAUGGGGUGGAAGCUCCAUCUUCGCGAACGAAUGGCCCGACUUCCAACCGAAAUGCGGGUCGACCUCGACACCAUCACUGUGCAAUUCGGCCUACCAGUAUGGCACCAAGAGUCACACAAGGGCGACUGUAAAGAGAACAACAGUCUUAGCUAUAAAAGUGGCGUUGCGAAAACCGAUGGUGAAGGUGUGGAACGUGUUUGGUCUGGUCUCAACCCUGCCGCUCUCGCCACGAAAGAGAUGGGCCUUGGGAAUCGCGCUGAUGUACUGGACGACCGUAUCGACAAUCAUAACUUUUUGAAGAAUAUGACACUAGGCAAUACUUUGCAGCGCCGGCUUGUCGUGGCCCGUAACGAACGCGGCCGUCAGGUCAAUGCCUUUCAGGUCGUCAAUGAUGGGAUUGAUGCCGAGUUACAACGAACCUGGAAGCGUCAAGUUCGCGAAUGGGAGCAGGAUAACACGCGCCCUAAUCCGUAUGUUCUCCCCACCCAAGGUUUUCCCUCCGAGGCCGAGAUUCGCUUGGAACUACAGCAAGAGGAGCGACAACAUAACAUCGACGGGCGAGCGUUUAUCGCGGGAGGGAGUGCUACCUCUUUCCUAUCUGCAGGUCUUCAAAUUGAAGAUUCACAGUUCAGGAUCCACGAAUUCAAGCGCGAGCAUGUCGUCUUGACCGCAGAUCACCAAGCCAAACUAGAAGAAAUACGUGGCGCCGUACUCCGCAAGAUCGCUCGAUUUCGUGAACUCCAGCAUGUGUAUAUGCCUGGUGCGGCAGCCGUCAUUGCAGAGAGUGAACUCCGGCGCGACUCCGACGCAGCGCCACCGUCUCCUGAAGACAUCCCCUUAUUCAUGCCGAGCCAAAUGCCGAAGGGACCGGCCAAUGUGGUUAUCGGCUGUAUCGUGGCCUUGCCUGAAAUCGAGGAACGCUUGCGAGUUGCGCAAUGCCAGAACUCGCUCAGCCAACUACGAUUCAAGCUACACAGCAAACGAUGGCUCGUCGCUUACCGCAACGCUAAUCUUACUGGCCAACACCAAACGACCAAAGCGGUCAAACUUCUGCAAACCGUCACCGAGCGAGCAAACAGCAUUGCAUCCCGAUAUCGCCGUGGGUAUCUCGCUCUCCAGUUACUGGGCUGUUUAUCCAAGUACCCGGCACUUCGCGAGCUCAAGGACGAGCAUAUCCGUCUACCUGGUGAUGAAGAAGCGUCGGACAUCGAGGCGCGCAAGAAACUGGCAUCAAUAGGUCCUAGUCGUGGCGCCCGUAUACCUCGCCACCUUACGAGUAAAUCGCGGCGAGUCAUGUCGUGGAUUUGGACGGCUCCUGGCGCAUUUGACAAUGAAGAAGAACAAUUGCAUACUUCUAUGAAAGUGGAGUGGGCGAGGGCCUUCGCUCGCAAGACGCGUUGGAACGAGGAAGUCAUGUUGCUGGAAGAAGAGAUGCGGCGAGUCCUAAGAUAUCUCGAAUGGGAAGCGAAGUGGUGGCGAGAGCAAAGUCAACGAAGGGAGAAUCUGGAAGCGGAGUUGAGUGCCGGUCUCCAUGCUUAUGCGCUCAAGUCGGCCGCAGAGCGAGAACGUGUAUUGGGUCACUUUCGGCUGAAAUGGCAGGCCAACGAGAAGAGUGUACUCAACGAAUUAGAGACCUUGGCAAGUAUCGCUAGUCUUGAAGAAUAA